AUGUCAACUAUCGAAGAACAACUUUUAGCUUUACAACAACAAUUUGCAUCACUUCAAGCUCGGAUUCAAACGGCUUCUGUACCUACACCUAUGCAGUCAGCGGAUGACACUGCUAUGCCUAUGCAGUCAGAAGAAAAUACUGCGGUUCCACCUCUUCAUUCCUUCGGCACUCGCCCUCACUACAUCAUCACAACGUCAAUACUUCAAGAACCAAUGGAUGAUCAAGCCGUAUAUAUUCCAACAACUCCAACUGACACGGGGCCCGUUUUCAAUCGAUCUAUUUGCGGACAGGACAACCAAGCUGUUACCAAAGUACGUAUCGUGGAUGCCGGACCCAGACGCAUUGCAUACGGAUGCGCUGUCCAUACCAUGGACUCAGUUUCCUCACCCAUAUGCCAAUCCCCCAUGGAAUCUGAUAACGCGAGUCCUGAACAAAAUCAGGCAGUAACAUCUUCCAAUAGUGACUCUGGUGGUACCUUACUGGCCCAGUGCUCUUUGAUUUCUCCUUCUUCAGCGGAUGGCUCUCGAUUCCCCUUGGCUACUUCCACCACAAGCGGUGCAAACGACUUCUCCCAGGACUCCUCACCCAUUACAACUACAGAAUUGGAUGCUCUCCGUGUGGCGACUUUCAGGCAACAAUUGAUGGAUAAGAAUCUCAACGCACAAGCGGUUGAGGACUUAUUUUCUCAGAAGUUAGCUCCCACUGGUACCAAUCUAAGUUACCGCAAGAAUCAACUUAGAUUCCUGGAAUGGGCUAUCCGUCAUAAUAUUUCCAUUACGGUGUUUACUCCCACGGAUAUGGUCAACUUUUUGGCGGAUAUGCGCACUGAUCAUAAUUUACAAGCUUCGACUCUAAAAACAGUAAGAGCAGCAGUUUCGCAUCUUCAUAAUAACCCAAAAGUUAUUCGAGAAAAACCCCCUGUUUCCAUCCAUCGACCCACCAUCGAUGUCUCUCCAGCGUUAGCCUAUGCUCGAUCCAUCGUUUCACGAACGACAACUCCUAUCAAGCUGCUCCUACAGAAAUUGGCUUUCUUAUUGGCAAUGUCGGCUCUCCUUCGCCCUUCAGACCUGGAACGAAUUCCUUACAGCUCAUGUUCCAUCACGGACAAUGGAUGUCUCACCUUUACUGUGGUUGCACCUAAAGAAACUCGUGGCAAAAGACGUAUCAUCAAGCCUUUCACAGUCUACCCUCAUGCGUCCGACUUUGAACUCUGCCCAGUGCAAUGCUUCAAGUUUCUGCGGGACCAUCCUGUGUUGGCGGCUCGUCCUUCUGGUUCCCAACUCUUUGUGAAAUCUCACCUCAUCCAUCAGUCCCUGUCUUCUUCAACUAUUUCGACCUGGCUACACAGGGAUUUUAUUAAACGAUGUACAUCUGAACCUAAUGUCUCUAUUCGGGCUAUGGCGUCUUCUCGGGCUUUAGAUCUUGGGAUUCCUAAAGACCACAUUGUUACUCUCGGUAACUGGGCCUCGUCUGCUACUUUCGAAAACCACUAUCAACGAAAUCAGAUGACACAGGUUGACUUUACUUCGACGAUUCUUUCGGACCCACCGGACCAAUACUUUGAUGCUUCUGAUAAAUUUUUCUCUGGAUCAGCAUAA